UCAAACAAUCCGUAACUAAUUAACGAUCUUCCAAAAUUACUACUUUCAAAUUCAAGAUUAUCUCCUAUACAAAACAACAGAUAGUCUUGGGUUUGGCAAAAGUUGAACUGAUUAUAAAGAAGUGCUUAGACAGAAGCUUGGAAGCAAUGCAGAAUUCACCCAGAUCUAUCCCCGAGGAGCUUCAGUGUCUACAAAAUGGCGACGAGAACGACAGAGGGAAAAAAGAUGGUAAAUCUGUUACUUUCAGUGUCAAGCCGGACGAAAUAAGCGACGACUCGUAUAAGCUACGAGACCUGCUCUCUUCUGACAAGACCGGCGACGAUAAAGACAGAGUGCGGGUGGAGCACUAUAAACACGACAAAUCGUUUAAAGAAAGAUUAAGAUUUUAUUUUGUAACAAAUCAAAGAUAUAGUAUAAGAUGGCAAAUAUUCCGCUUUAUUAUGAAAAUUGUCUCCUGCGUUUUAUAUGUGCUAAGAAGUGUCCAAGACACAGAUCCCAAUACGGCAACCUGCUAUGGAUGUACUUCGCUAGAUAUUUCAAAUUCUACAACGUGGUGCUGCGUGAAGCCGGCGGACGAUUCUGAACAUAACUGGUAUUCGUUAUUAUGGGUGCACAGAUCGUACGAGCUCUGGAUUGUACAGACCGUCAUCGCGUUUUAUUCUCUUCUUGACACCUUUCUUCACUGCUAUCUUAGUUAUAAGGGCGGCUCUAUCCUGAGUCAGAUUGUCAGUAUGCGUCUCUUUCUAGAAGUCAUACUUUCCGUCCCUUUCUUAAUAUCGAUAUUCAUGUCAGAGCUGAGAAAUAUCUGGAUCCCGUUGUUUUUAAAUUGUUGGUUGGCUAAAGCAGCGCUGGAAACCAUGUUUAAUGAUCUUCACCGGUUGGUGUUACACCAGCAGUCCGCCUUGUCUCAGAAAGUCCUGAUUCUUAUUACGACAGUCGUCUGCAUACUCUUUACAAGCGUUUGCGGUAUCCACCAUCUUGAGCGAGCCUCGCUUCAGUGGAGCAUGAUGAAAACCCUGUGGUUUGUGAUCGUGACGUUUAGCACUGUGGGGUAUGGGGAUACUGUCCCCACGCACUGGACCACGCAGACUUUCGUCAUGAUCAUGAUCGGCAUCGCACUGGUGCUCCUACCGAUAGAGCUCGAGCGUCUAGCAUUUCUUCUCUUCAGUCGUCAGAAAGAGGGCGGGGCCUACAACCACCUGCUGGCUGGAACCGAUAGACACGUGGUGUUGUGCGCGACGACGCUACGCACGGGCACGCUCAUCGACUUCCUCAACGAGUUCUACGCAGAUUCACGCCUACAUGAUGUCCAUGUGGUGUUGCUGUGCCCGUCCGACCUGGACAGCACCCUGCGCAUCCUCCUCCAAGUCCCCGUUUGGGCCCAGCGCGUCACGUACCUCAAGGGAUCCGCCCUCAUUGACGAGGACCUCGUCCGAGCGAGGGUUGAGAAUGCAGCUGGCUGCUUUAUACUGGCUGAUCGCUAUGCUGCAGACCGCGAAGCAGCGGAUCAGCAUACAAUCCUCAGGACUUGGGCGAUACAGGAUUUCGCUCCCGCUACGCCUCUAUUUGUACAGAUUCUAAAACCUGAAAAUAAGUUCCAUGUCAGCUUUGCAGAACACGUGGUGUGUGAGGACGAGAUAAAACACGCGCUCCUCGCCGUCAACUGCGUCUGUCCUGGCAUCUCGACACUCGUCACCCUACUGCUACACACCUUACACGAACAACGCGGGUCCGAGAAAUGGCACGAAAUUUACGGGAAGUGCGCAGGGAACGAGAUAUACGACAUUCGACUCGGCGACAGCAUGAUCUUUCGUCCUUACGCCUACAAGAGCUUCACGCAUGCGGCCUUCCACGCACACAAGAAGUAUGGCGUGACAUUAAUCGGCGUAAAACGUCACGGAAAAGGAGGUCGACUUAUGUUGAACCCAGGCCCCUCUCACAACAUGGCGUACGACGAUAGGUGCUUCUAUAUAGCGAUCUCAAGCGAGGAGGACACAGCUUUCAAGAAAUACGAGGAGCCCAAGAAAACUAAACGCCUGAGCAGCAACCACUUCAAGAAAAACUCGUUCGUGACAGCAAGCUCUGUGGCCUUGGAGCUACGAGGUGAUGGGUCACUAGCCGGCGACCAAUCGGAGAAUAUCGAGACAAUAGGUAUGAAGCACUUUGACUCCUCCUCAAAUGGAGUCUCCCAACGACACCCGCCUCAGGACAUCGAAGUAGAAAUCGAAACUAACCGAGCGACAUACGGGACGUCUACCCCAUCCAGCCCUUCAGGAGAGUACGAUGAGGUGGAGAGAGGCCCGCCACGCCCUACUGAAGGGGGUCUAGACGGGACUGCCAGGCUGAAGGAGGUCACGUUCGAAGUCGGGGAUUCACGAAGGUCGUCGGCAUCUGCGUUUGUCCCGGACGAAUCAGAUAUGGACUCGGAGACCGGCGAGAUGGAAAUCGAGAAUCUCCCAAGCAGAAUACCAAAUUAUAUUGUGGGUGUUCUUCCCGUAUCUCCGUACAUCGGACGAACUCCGAUGAGGUGUCAUCUUUACCAGACUCCAAAGCCAUUCUGCUGUCUAAGACUUAACGAGGACUGUGAGCACAGAGAAAUGAGUGACUCUGUGCGCAUGCACAGGCAGCAACAUGGAGGUAUCAUUGUGUCAUCCCCGGUCGCCGAGGCGGGUCUUUACAACUUUAUCCUCCCUUUGCGGGCAUACCACCGGCCCAAGAUCACAUUAAAACCGAUAAUACUACUGCUAGGAGAAGAACCAAAUGAAGAUUUCCUGGAGGCAGUCUGUCACUUCCCGAUGUUGUAUUAUAUGGUUGGAACAAUAAAUAGCCUUGAUAACUUGCUGGAGGCGGGGUGUCUGUACGCGGAUAGCAUCGUCGUCGUCGGACAACAGCGUAUCUCGAGCCAGGCGUACGGCGACGAGGAACACAUGGCGGACGCCAGUACCAUAGUAGGGGUGCAAACUAUAUACAGAUUAUUCCCGGCAUGCACCUUAAUCGUAGAGUUGACCUACGCGUCCAACAUGCGGUUCAUGAAGUUCCAAGCGGCCCCUCAUCACGUGACCGGGGAAUCCAUGGCGAGUCUUAGAGAGAGUACCAAGCGCAAAAUGAAGGAACGAAAUAAGAACUCAAAAGAUCACCUGAACUACAUGUUUAGGGAGCCGUUCUCCGCGGGUUACGUAUUCAGUAUGAGUAUGAUCGAUACCCUUCUCUAUCAGACGUUUGUAAAAGAUUAUAUGAUAACACUGAUUAGCCUAUUACUUGGAUGUGAACAGUCACCAGGCUCGGGAUACCUGUGCUCGCUGAAGAUAACCGCUGACCAUUUAUGGCUGGGGACCUACGGGCGACUCUUCCAGAGGCUCUGUUCUACCACAUGUGAGAUCCCGAUAGGCGUAUAUAGAACACAAUGCGAGCUAGAGGACUGCGAAGACGCGUGUCCGCGAGGGAAUAAGAUCGAGAAGCGCGAUAUCAAUGACAUUAUCGGCAACCGGAUGAAAAUGUUAGGACUCAACGAGGGCCCUGAGUUGAAGAAGAAGGUUGGCACAUCGUUUGUGGUUGUAAACCCAGCACCAGAGUUCGACCUUCAGGAAGGAGAUGUGAUAUAUCUUAUCAGACCAACCAACAUGACGGGCUCCACGUCAUCAGAAGAAUCACGUGAUACUGAGCUCCACCUACCGAUAACACACAGGAAUCCCAGCACUGCGCUAUAAGGGUCACACACAGAAAGCCCAGCACUGCGCUGUAAGGGUCACACACAGGAAGCCCAGCAUUGCGCUGUAAGGGUCACACACAGGAAUCCCAGCACUGCGCUGUAAGGGUCACACACAGGAAUCCCAGCACUGCGCUGUAAGGUUCACACACAGGAAGCCCAGCACUGCGCUGUAAGGGUCAUACACAGGAAGCCCAGAACUGCGCUGAAAGGUUCACACACAGGAAGCCCAGCACUGCGCUGUAAGGGUCACACACAGGAAUCCCAGCACUGCGCUGUAAGGGUCACACACAGGAAUCCCAGCACUGCGCUGUAAGGGUCACACACAGGAAUCCCAGCACUGCGCUGUAAGGGGCACACACAGGAAGCCCAGCACUGCGCUGUAAGGGUCACACACAGGAAUCCCAGCACUGCGCUGUAAGGGUCACACACAGGAAUCCCAGCACUGCGCUGUAAGGCUCACACACAGGAAGCCCAGCACUGCGCUAUAAGGGUCACACACAGGAAGCCCAGCACUGCGCUGUAAGGCUCACACACAGGAAGCCCAAGGCUUGCUGAUGAGAAGAAAGAGUGUCCAAAAGUGUAGCAUUCUGAUAGCGUCUCCUACACAAGGUGUUUACUUACAGAGUCUAUACUUUGACAUGGAAAAUUCAUGUCGUGCGCAACACUGCAGGAGUCCCAAGGGAACUCCACGUGAUGGCAUCCGUUCAUUGUGUCACAAAACACUCUGAUGCCCUAUGGCUAUGUGGUCAACACGUGAUAAUAGAAUUCCACGUGAUAACUACGUGGUUCAAUUAGAUCCUCACGUGAAGUCGUCCAUUGUGUCACAAGACUCUUGAUACUCUAUGGCUAUGUGAUCGACACGUGAUAUGGUUUGAAAGCCAUGUAAUAACCACGUGGUUCUAUUAGAUCUCCACGUGACUACAGUCGUCCUGUGAGUCAGGGAGCACAAUGAAUGUACGCUGUGUGCGUGGUGCCGUUCUUCGGUCUGUCUGAUGCACUAGAAAAAAAAACACGAUAGAAAGUGGUAAAGCGUGCCGGGUAUAGGAUCAAAAGACAUCUAUUGCGCGCCAAUACGAGAGUAACCCGGGAGUCAGGUUACAAAUGCGAUUACACUAAUGCGAUGAGCAGUGUUGUCGUAAACAUGGUAUUCACCUUCUGCGCAAAGGACGUACCUCCUCAGGAAGGAGAAACUUCCGGUAUAUAUUGGACUCUUAAAGCCAGGAUUAACAGGGAUUAAGAUCCCGCGAAAGAGCUGAGCUUUGCAUUGACAUGAAUAUGACUUUAGAUGCAAGCAAGGCUUCUUAUACGGUCAGCGUUGAUUAACUCGUGUUGUUCGAUGGUGUCGGCAGCGGUUGCUGUGGCUGGUACAUGCGCUUUGUAACUAUAUGCAUAUGAAAUGAUGCGAUUUUUAAAAGCAUUUAAGAAACGGUUUUGUAAAAAUAGAUAAGCGUUGAUGCAAACACGUUCAAAGAUCCGAUUAUUUGAGCUAUGCAGUGGUCUAUAGCUCCAAGCUCUGAUAUAAUAUAUCUAGUUUUUCGAUGAUAUAUUACCGCUCAUUUAAUGGGCAAGUCCUCAUUUACCUCAGUACUUACUGCGUUUUUAUUUUUGUAGUAAACGAGCCAUUGUAGAGAGGAGAAAGGUAACCUAAAUUUGUAGGAAUGAAGCGAUUUUACAGGUAGUAGCUAAAUAUUAAGUCCAGAUUAUCAUACGUUUUCCACAUGAUAUCUAUGACUACGAACCCUUCCCCUCCUCUCUUAGUAAAUCCUGGCCAUUGCACCUGAUACCUGAUAUAUGAUACAUAUCCAAUAAGUAACGAGCAUAAAAUGCUCAGUGCUUAAAAAUCCGUCCUCUUUAUUAGAAGAGUUUAUACAAACAAAUAAAGAUAAAAAAAUGUA